AUGGAAGAUCAGCGUGCGAAAGUUCUCCAGUCGACUGGUACAGCCAUCGUGCUUUCUGCGAGCGACACGGAUACUCGGAUUUUUGAUUGCACUAACAAGUGUUUCGAUGCGUUCGAUCGCCUCAUCGCGGGCUGUCGCCCACCGCGCCGUGGCAUAACUCAGCAACUAAUGGGCAGAUUGGCGCUCUGGAACAAGUACGGAGGUGCUCGCGCAAAGCCAGGAUACCGCCUUGACGACAGACUCCGGGGCUUAGACAGCAUCGCUGACGCAUUUGUCUCGCUCUUGAAUACCAUAGCAUCACUCCUGGAUGUCGCUUACGAGGGGGACGAAGCGGGCGCCACAUCGGGCAAGACACCAUUGGCACUCCAGACACCCGCCGAAGAGUCUCUAGACCAGGAAUCUCUCGACUGUCAGUCUGGAUGCAUGUUGGGGAAACCAUGGGAUGAACUGACCAGCGUGAUCGGCGAGCUCGUAAGCCUCACGCGGACAGUUCGCAAAGCCUCAAUCUUGAACAGGUCUACCCCCGUGCCUGCUCAUUACCAGCGCAACGAUAGCGUGUUCUUCGAGCACACGUGCUGUCUAUUGGUGCGGGCGAGAUUUCCGGAUGCGCGCAGUACUCUCACCGAUCAACUGGGCAAGUCAAUCGCCGUCCGUAGGAACAGGCUGCUUUACCGCCGCGACCACGAGAAGAAGAUGCAGCAGACCGAUCAUGAGAGGUUGGAGACCUCGGAGGCAGAAGUCUUGAAGACUGAGCCAAAAAUACCCAGAUUUGAAUCUCUGAUCCCGACCGAAGCAGUUCCAGGUGGGCAAAGUCUGCCAGCGUCUAGCAGUAACCAGCCGCCUCCAACGAUGUUGUCCAUGCCGAGACACAGCCUGAUACAACAACGACGGAAGGAGCUGAAAACUGCUGGAAGUGUGUUUGGUCGUUCCAGCCGCAAUGGGGAUACCCUUGUGGUGUAUCCAGACAAACCAUUUCCAGACGUGCAUGACAAAUUUUCCGGCCAUUGCCCAUACUGCUUUGUUCCGCAGUCUUUGCCUCUGACUGACGAGGAUUGGAGGGCUCACGUCGACAAGGACCUUCAGGUCUACACAUGUCUUUCGGAGCAUUGUGCUGAUCCAAUCAAGUUUUUCCACAGCUCCAACGACUGGCUAAGCCAUAUGUUGAAAGAGCAUGGAAUAGACUGGAUGAAGACUGUCCACCUCGGACUCUGGUACUGCGACCUGAAGCAUGAGAAGAGCGCCGGCAACAGCAUCGAAGACAUCACAUUCUCGAACGUUGUCAAGUUUGAGAUUCAUCUGAGUGAAGUGCACAGCCUCGACCGGCGGAAAAUAGACAUGUUCAAACGGCGCAAGCGGAGGGCAGGGGAAGUAAGAGUGCCUGGUGUGUGCCCGCUGUGUGAGAAGCAACCGAAUUCCGUGGGUCAGAGUGAUGCCUCGCACUCGGUUUCGAAAGUCCAGGAACAUAUCGCGUCUCAUCUUCGCGCUCUUGCUCUGCUAUCGCUACCAGAGCUCGACGAGGAUCCCGAGAACUACAGGAACGACGCAGCAAUCUCGAUAGAUGUUGCCUCCGGCGAACAUGGCAGCCAAUCUGUUGAUUCGAAUACGCACCAGCUUCUGAGCAACGGUGACUCAGAUGAUGCAACAGAUAAUCCAGAUCUACGAGAUUAUACCAAGGACCAGCGGUCACACAGCAGUGACAUACCGGCCUCGGACCAGUGGACCGAACAACUUCUACACAGUCUCCUGCAAACCAAAGCCCUUCAUGCUGGGCUUCAAUUUGAGUUGCAUGAGCUCCUGUCGGCCUUGGGGAUGCUGACGGAGACUAUAAAAGUUGGCAAACCAUACUCAAGCCACAUCAGCCUCGCUCUGGAGAAAUGCCGCGUCACUCUCAUUCGGCUUGUGAAGAUACUCGAGCAGCAAGGUGGAGGGUCCAGAACUUGGCAGAGUUCAGAGUGGACGCCGGAGUCACAUGAGGCAGCAGAAAUUGCGAGGACGAUAAGCCUAGUCAUCGAGUCCGUGAAAACUUAUGUUAGAAUGGACGACAGUACUAGCGACCGAACUAGCAAGAGCCCUCCCGUGCAAUCCGAGCAAGAGGUUCAUUCUCAGAAGAUUGAAGCCUGGCUCUCGGCGCCUGAUCCAUGGACAAGCCAUGCCUCCGCUCGGCAGCGACAGGAGCCUGGCCUGGGACUUUGGCUAUUGCAGUCUCCUUCUUACGUCGAGUGGAAAUUCGGACCCAACCAGAACCUGUGGCUGUACGGAGAACCUGGCAUUGGAAAGACUGUGCUAUACAGUACGGCUGUUGAUGACGUACAAACAUCAGAUGUCCCGCUUGCAAUAUUCUACUUCUCCUCCUCCGAUCACCACAAGCGAACCUAUGGAGCCUUGUUGCUCUCUCUCGCUGCUCAACUAGCAUGGAAGGAACCUGGCCUAUCGGCGAUUCAACGGGCAUAUGAAGACCAGAAGACUCUCAGAGAAAGUGAGCUCGAGGAUAUCCUGCUUGCUGCCAUUCCGACGUACAAUGAAGUGUUUCUUAUGCUUGACGCGCUCGACGAAUGUACCGCAGACGGCGAUAACCGGCACUCCACGAUGUAUUACUUAGCACGACUCUCGAAGGCAGCACCGCAGCUCAAGAUCUUGACAACAAGCCGCGACCUACCCGACAUACGGGACUCCAUGGCCGUACUAGGAGCGGAAUCUGUCCAUGUCCCGCCGAUCGCUGAUAGAAUUGUAUCCAUUGACAUUCGCGAGAUUGGACACACAUCCAGAUUGAAUCCGAGGAGGCAGGGUCCGCAUGACGACUUCCCUGAACGUGGACGCCGCAUGCAGCUAUGGCCGUGGGAACGGGCCGCCAAGAGGCACAGGUCACGGGCACAGUCAAGACCGCCACCCUGGCUCGAGGAAGAACGCCCUUUCAAAUGGCAUAACGAGCGACCGAAUCGGAUAGAGAACGAUCGACUGCCGCCCGAGAUGAGCAGCUCUACCGUCGGAGUCGCGAUGAGGAUGAACGACAAGCAAACGUCGAACGAGAACGACGAGCCACAUCUAAGCGUCGGCGCCGCCGAGCCAUUGACGAUGACCAGGCACAAAAGGAACGUAGUCGAAUUGUCGACUCUGCACGCCGCCAGCAAGAAGCAGUCGACUUGUCGACUCUGCACGCCGCCGCUCUCAAACGAGCGGAGGCUUACGAGCAUGAGGAACGACGCCGCAUCGCUGCGGAGGAAGCCAGGCGAACCCGACAUCGCGACCAUGCUGCUUCCGCGCUGGAAAGACCAGAGAUGGACGCCGCGACACGGCAAAGGUUAG